UCGGAUGCCCCUCAUCUGGGUCGGCACCUGCACGCAGGGCUGCCUCUCCCUAGCAACAGCCUCGCAGGUCCCAGGCGUGCAGCCACCGCCACUUCCCUGCCAGUAAUUGGCAGCGUUCCUCAGAGGGGCCAUAUGCUCUUCAUGAGCUGAGUGACAUCACAAGUAGCAGGAUUGUCGAAAAAAGAUGGAGAUGCUUCUGUUUCACUGACAGACAUUUCAGUGCCAGUGCAGAGCACCAGGAACACCUUGCUUACCAUUAUUAUAACACAUGGGACCCAGGAGGGGCAGCAUGGGUGGAACGGUGUUGUACCCCUCCUUACUCCACAUACCAGUGGCUCAAACGUCCUGGUGUUGUAAGUCGCCAUUUGGAAUUAUGGUCACACCCUGCAGUUCAGUGUCUGGUGCAGUUUAGUGAUGGUUCCUGAUCUGAGAGAUUACAAAUAUAGAGUACUGCCCGUGAAUUUUAUCAAAAAUAAAUUAAUGGGAUGAGAGAAUGCUCUUUUUUUUCAAUGUUUUUGUUAUACAACAGAUAUAAACACAAAAAUGUUAAAAAUGCCAUAAUAUGCAGUUCAGAAAUAUGCUGUGAUAUGGGACUUGGAACGACUCAGAACUAUGCAGUAGAUCGGGCCCUGUAAUUCCAACUGCUCACGACAGUUGACACAGAGGAAUUUCCGUGAAAGGGUUCAGCUGGGAGUAACUUCGAAGGACUCUGGGUCUUAAGUCAGAGAAAAGUCAACUAAGUGCAAUUAUGUUAUGCUUGACCAUCUUCCAAAUAGCUGCCAUCAAGCGUGUGGUCAACAAGGGUAUGAUGUUAUCGUGCCCUUCUCCACUGGAGGAACAGUGUAGUAGCUAAUAUUUCAAAUUUUAAAGUGAUUCUUGGCCUGACACGUAAACUCAGGUUGCCUGGUUUUACUCACUCACCCAAUCAGUGUCCAGAUUAUGGUGAAUGAUGGCAUUUCUUUCGGUGACCUCAUGAAAUAAUUAUUUUUCAACUUUCCUUUUAAGGUCUACCUUUUCGCUAUUCCUUUAAAAAAAAACAUUUUAUUAGAAAAUACCAUGCCAGACGACAACAAACAUUUCAAUGAUUUACGCUCAAAGCGGUGGCUUUACCAUCUUGUCACCGUUCACAAUGAAGAAUGAAGAGCAUAUGAUUUGGGCAUUCUUGCAUUAAACCUUUUCAUUUUCUGUGUUCACAUAAUCAGCUUUCAUGAUUCAUGGAAUUGCUUUUUAUGCUAAAGUGAAUAUACUAUUGAUCGUAUGAUUGUAAUUGUAUAAUUGUAAUUAGAAAACAAACACAGGUCACAGGUUUCUAAUUGUAAUUAGAAAAUGAACACAACACCUGCAGGUGCUUUACUUACUCUGUGUGUUCAGUAAGUUUAUAUGCAGUGUUUGUUUUUUUUUUGGCAGAUUCCAAGAAGCUAUGGCAAACACCUCUGCUGCUGCCAACGUCUCUGUCGACACUGGUGGCGACUCCACCCCCUGUGUUCCCUGGAGGAGCCAGGGCUCCCGGGUGGCCCUGUACAUGUUCAUCAUGGCUGGGAUAGCCUGCACCGUGGUGGGAAACUUCCUGGUUGUGCUCGCCAUCGCCUACUUCAAACGACUGCAGUCGCCCACCAACUCCUUCGUCAUGUCCCUGGCUGUGGCUGACUUCCUGGUGGGCCUUAUCGUCAUGCCCUACAGCAUGGUCCGCACGGUGGAGGGGUGCUGGUACUUCGGGCCCACCUUCUGCGAGGUCCACUCCAGCCUGGACGUCAUGCUCUGCACCGCCUCCAUCUUCCAUCUCAGCUGCAUCGCCUUCGACCGCUACUACGCCGUCUGCAACCCCCUGGUGUACGCCUUCAAAAUGUCUAGGGUCAGAGUCGGCCUCCUCAUUGUGGUCUGCUGGGUGGUACCUCUGCUGAUCUCAUUCGGGCCCAUAAUGCUGGGGCUUCACAAGGUGGGCAUUGACAUCCAGCUACCCGAGGGCAUUUGCGCCUUCCUGGUCAACCGGGUCUAUGCCGUCAUGGCCUCUUUGGUGGCCUUCUACCUGCCUAUGGUCAUCAUGCUGGUGGCCUACUGGAAGAUCUACAAGGCUGCCAAGCGGCAGGCCAUGCAGAUCAGCGCAAUGGAGCACCAGAUGACUGUGCAUGGCUUGAACUCGGCGGGCAGGAAGCAGAAGCAGAGGCAGAACUGCAUGAGGAGGGAGCGGAAGGCGGCCAAGACCCUGGGCAUCAUCAUGGGCGCCUUCCUUCUGUUCUGGCUGCCCUUCUUCACCACCAACGUGGUCGACCCCUUCAUCGAGUACCGAACAGCCGGGGUGGUCUGGGACGUGUUCCUCUGGCUGGGAUACGUCAAUUCCUCCCUCAACCCUUUCCUGUACGCCUUCUUCAACCGGUCGUUUCGAAGAGCCUUCUUUAUGAUCAUGGGCUGCAGGAUUUGUCUGCCUGGUUCUCCCGCCAGUAUCGAUCUUUCUCUUACCAAGAGGGAUGCUAAUGAACACAUAGAAAACGAAUAGGUCAUCCCCCAACUGUUUUUGUCCCCCUUUCAGUGUUCUCUGAUUAAUGCACUCUAAUUAUCUCAAGAGGUAUACUUUAAGAUUAAAUUAAUUUUACAUUACCAACUGAUCCUUACUUUACUAUCAAUACCAUGAACUGUUUUGACUGGCUUGGUUUUCAAGUUAAUUAAGUUUGCUAAACAUACCGAAUCAACCCUGUUUUUCUUAAAUAAUUUGUUGUUUGCCAUUUUGACAAUUUAGAAUAUGGGUAUGUAAAUAUGUAAAUGGUCAUUUCUAUUGUAGAGGAGCCAAUGUGAAAAUGUGCACUCACUUUUGAAGGGACCUUGUUCAGCAUGGGAAUAUCAAAUGUCCAAUUGCAUCUCAGAAGGCUUCAGUAUUUAUGGGAAACAACUUCUAUUGCUUAAAAUUUACAAGAAAGAUAAUAUAAUUUCUCAGGUGUGGAUGCAGAAAGUACAAAAACGUAUAUGUACUGUAAGAGUUCCUCCCUUUUUCCAAAUAAAUGUUUCUUUCUGUGAAAAUUUACACUCCAUGUUCUGUUGAUGUUUAAUAUACGAGCAAGUGUAAAGUCAUUACAAAACUGUUAUUAAAGCCUUUUGCUUUCCUCAAAACAGGAAGGACGUAAUUUGCUGAAAGCAAAA